AUGGCGGACGAUUUACAGAGCCUCCCCGACGUUCUCCGCCGUCUUUCGUAUGACUGCACGCAUCUUGAGCGACUCAGCGGCGGCACCGCCAACUUCGUCUUCCGCGGGACUCGCGACCACGACUCGGUCAUUGUCAAGCAUACCAAGGAUUAUAUCGCGUCGAACCGCGAGUUCCAGCUGCCGGCAGAGAGAUGUCUCAUCGAAGCAUCCAUCCUGAAAUCUCUCGGUGAUUUCCCACCCACCAUCACGGCCUCUUCCUCGGCCGGCUCUAUCACCGUUCAAACACCCCGCCUCUUGGCCUUCGACCGUCCUUCCUACACCCAAGUCAUGGAGGACCUGCCCCGGGCAGUCGACCUUAAAACGCUGCUCACCGAUCCGCAGAUCGCACCCCGUCUCUCCCAUCCCUGGGCCACUUCCCUCGGCGCCGCGCUGGGCCAGUGGCUUGGUUCAUUCCACGCGUGGACGGCGGAGUCGGCGCAGGCGGUCCUGGUCCGGGAGAUGGAAGGGAACGAGCUGAUGCGCGAUCUCAAGUUCAACAUCAACUAUGAGAACGUGGUCGGCCUGGUGGAUCGGUAUCCGGAUCGCCUGGGGUCCAGUCGGGGCGUGUUCGAGGAGGUCCGGGAUCUGGCGCGGAGUGAAUUAGGGAGGAAGGACGGCGAGGGGGGCGCAUUUGGAGUGAUUCAUGGGGACUUUUGGUCGGGGAACGUGCUCAUCCCCAAAGACGUCUUCGACCAACAGACCACCAUCCCCCUGUUCGUGAUCGACUGGGAACUCGCCCAGUGUGGCGCCCGCGCCCUUGAUCUCGGCCAGAUGAUGGCCGAGCUGUACUUUGUCAAGCACUUCCGCGACGUCGACGCCGGGCCCUGGAUCAUCGAGGGGCUGGCGCGCGCCUACCCCCAUCUCACGGAGGCGACGGCCUUCCGCGUGGCAAUCCACGUAGGGGUGCACUUCAUCUGCUGGGGCACGAUGAUCACGGACUGGGGCACGCAGGAACAGGUGCACCAGAUCAUCGAGCUGGGACGCGACCUGAUCGUCAAGGGCUGGCGCCAGGAGAGGGAUUGGUUCGAGGGUGGAUUCUGGGGGUGUUUGUUUCGGUGA